AUGAUGCCCCGUUGCAGAGUGAACCUCAGCACCAUGAUCUUCCUGGUGAUCCUGCAGGGGGCAGCAGUGGUGCUGUUCUGCGGCUGGUAUGUCCAGCUCAGCCCCUGCGGCUCCGCCCCCUCUAAUGGCAAAGUUCACGUGCUGUUGUUGUCGUCGUGGCGAUCAGGCUCAUCGUUCCUGGGUCAGGUGUUCAAUCAACACCCAUCUGUCUUCUAUCUUAUGGAGCCCGCUUGGCAUGUGUGGACCAAACUGCAGAAGCCCAGUGCGAGAGCAGUCCGAAUGGCUGUGAGGGAUCUAUUACGUAGCGUAUUCCAGUGUGAUUUCACAGUGAUGGAGGCCUACCUGCCAGAGCACCACAACGUGUCUUCCUUGUUCAUGUGGAGUCACAGUCGAGCACUGUGCUCACCCCCAGCGUGCCCUCUCACACCACGCAUCAAGUUCAGCAACCAGACUCACUGCUUGCUGGCGUGUGACUCUAGGGGCCUCGUGGGGGUGGAGGAGGCGUGUGGUACUUACAGUCACGUGGUGUUGAAAGAAGUUCGAUUUUUUGAACUUGAAUCUCUUUACCCGCUCUUGCAAGACCCAAGCCUAGACCUUCGUAUCAUCCAUCUGGUUCGAGACCCACGGGCUGUCAUGCGGUCCAGAGAGGAGUCAGCCAAAGCUUUCGUCAGUGAUAAUGCGGUCGUCUUGGAGCAGAGGAGCAUUCCAGCAGCUGAGGUCCAGUAUCAAGUCAUGCAGGAGAUCUGCCGUAGCCAUGUGCGCAUCAAUGAGAGGGCCAUACUGAAGCCCCCUCCCUUUCUAAAAGGCCGCUACAAAAUGGUCCGCUAUGAGGAUGUGGCGCGAAACCCACUUGGGGAAAUAACUGCCAUGUAUGACUUUGUAGGUCUGGACAUGACCAAACAGCUGGAGGAAUGGAUCUACAAGACGACCCAUGGAAAAGGUAAAGGCACCAGGAAAGAGGCCUUCAAAAUCACUUCACGAAACGCUGCUGAUGUCUCCCAGGCUUGGCGUACCUCGCUGCCAUACAACAAAGUUAAGCGUAUCCAGGAAGUGUGUAAGGGGGCUAUGUCAUUGCUCGGGUACAGGACAGUUAACAGUGAAAAAGAGCAAAAGAGACUUGACAUAGAUCUGCUGGUGCCACGCGAACCUUAUCAGUUCAGUUGGUUACCAGCCAAAACAGAACAUCCCAGUAAAAGUUAA